ACCUAGUUGCACCGUGAGAUAGUACACAGGUGAUUCAAACGGUGUGGUCUUUUUUUCGUCGAGAAGGGGCCCGGGUUUUCGUGACUUGACGUUGCAGGGUUCGCUGUGCACAACAUGUUGGGCACUCUAAAUUCGGACAAAGAGACUUUACACAGGCGAGAGCCUUUCCGGAAUGACGUUGUCGACUCGCACUCACAAGACGACUUCACGAUCCGUGAAAUAAGAGAGACCGAAAGCAGUCAUGUUAGCAAGAUAAUAAAAACUGCUUUGAUCACGAAACAUGUUCUCUCAAGACGGUUGUAUAUUUACUUUAUAACCAGUAAGGCGACUCUUUGUUACAUUCUCCUGAUUGCAACGAUAUUGCAUUUUGGUUUCAGGACUGCUAGCUUUGCGACCGCCAUAGUAAUAGCGACGACGGUUCUAUCGGUCCAUUUCUUGGUCGGAUCCCUGUGGAUUAUUCGACAGAAAAACAACAGGUACCCGGAUAUGAACGAUCCUUAUUUAUAUUAUGCCACUAAAGAGGGUAAUUCCUUCUGGAUCAUCGAGCAGAAAGGGAAAAUCAUAGGCACCGGUGCUGUUCUGAAGAAGUCGCCAAGUUGCGGAGAGGUGAAUCACAUGUUCGUGGAUUCGGCUUGUCGUGGCCGCGGCUUUGGGCGCCGUCUGUUGGAGACUGCUAUAAACUACUGUAGAGAAUAUGGAUAUUCAACUGUAGCUCUUAGUUCGGAUGAAACGAGGUUCGAAGCCAGAGCACUGUAUAAGAAAUACGGCUUUAAGAAAGUUAGCGAGAAGCAUUUUGGAUUUAUGCUGCCGUUUGUUUAUUUACGAAGUGAUCUUUUUGAACUUCCACUUGCACAAACUGAGUAACAAUUUUAAUUUAAAAGUUGCAUCCAAAUAAGGAGGGCCUUGCAGACUGAUUUUCUAAAUAAAAUUAUUAAUCACACCUGAAA